AUUUAGGGUAGAGGCGGUCUUGGAUCAAUAUUUGUAUGGGCAUCCGGUAAUGGUGGAAGGCAUAGUGAUAGCUGCAAUUGUGAUGGUUACACCAAUUCAAUUUAUACUAUAUCUGUAAGUAGUGCAACCCAAAGUGGUUUGAUGCCAUGGUACCUGGAACAGUGUUCAUCUACGCUGGCAACAACAUAUAGCAGUGGAGCUUCUAGUAGAGAUCAAAAUAUAGUUACAGUUGAUGUUGAUUAUUCGUACUUCAAUGAUUUUCGGAGAGGGCGAAAACCCAAUACUUCCAAUUUAUGUACAAGAGGCCAUACUGGAACAUCUGCAUCUGCGCCAAUAGCUGCUGCAAUUUGUGCUCUUGCUCUUGAAGCUAACCCAAAACUUACUUGGAGAGAUAUGCAAUAUUUAAUUGUUUUGACUUCAAGAUAUGAACCUUUGUCUAAAGAAGAUGGUUGGGUUACAAAUGCUGUGGGAAGAAAAAUUAGCACAAAGUUUGGAUAUGGUUUAAUGGAUGCUGUUGCCAUGGUGAAAUUAGCGAAAUCAUGGAAAACUUUACCUAAACAACAUAUUUGUUAUUCACUUCCAGAUACUGUAGAAAGAAUUAUACCUGCUGGUCACGGAGAGAAACUUGAAGCAAGCAUGAAUACCUCUUGCAAAAAUUCAAAGAACCCUGUUAUGUUCCUAGAGCAUGUGCAAGUGAAAAUAACUCUUACUUUUCAUCCUCGGGGAAAUUUACGUAUAAUUUUGAUUUCUCCUUCUGGAACCCCUUCAGACAUUUUACUUCCAAGGCCUCGUGAUAAGCAGGAAGGAAGCUUCAAAGAUUGGCCUUUUAUGUCUGUUCAUUUCUGGGGAGAAAAUCCUGAUGGAAACUGGAAACUUGUCAUAGUUAAUGAUGGAAACCUAGUAACAAACAUACCAGGGAAGCUUACAAACUGGUCGUUUGUGUUCUAUGGCACUGAAGAGAUGCCUUUCUAUCUCUCACGUCUGAAGGAGCCUAAAAAGUUGUUGCACACUUCAAAACAAGAACAUGCUCAUCUUAUUCGUGGUGUCGAUCAAUUCACAGAAUUUAUAUCGAAUCAUUGUUUGAAUGAGAAGAAGUUCCUGAUCACUGUUGAUGGAGAAAAGGACUGUACCAACAAAUGCCCCGUGGGAUAUUACAGUGAUCAUAAGUAUUACAUUUGCCGUAUGUGUGACAAAUCUUGCUUAUCAUGCUAUGGUCCUUCAUACAACAACUGUUUGUCAUGCCCUAAUGGGUUUUUUUAUGAUAAUCUCAAACAUCAGUGUCUGCCUUGUAUUUCAUCUUGUGAAACUUGUCAUGUUUCUCGUGAACUAUGUGAAACCUGUAAACCUGGAUUACUUCUUUAUCAGCAGACGUGCUGGUCAGCCUGUCCUGUUGGAACAUACAGGGAGCAAAAUGUAUGUAAGAAAUGUCACGAAGCAUGUGAAUCAUGUUAUGGCCCUCUUCAUUUUAACUGUCUGAGCUGCUCUGGAUACUUUUUAUUCAAUGGUACUUGUCAGCCAAAGUGCCCUAGUCGUUUUUAUGCUAACAGUGAUUACAAAUGCAAUAGGUGUCAUAGAUCCUGUGAAAUAUGUAAUGAUAAUAUUACAUGCAUUGAGUGUUCUUUUACUUGGGAAUUUGAUGCAUCAAAUAAAUGUGUAUUGAAUUCUUGCAAAAAAGGAUGGUAUAAUCAGGAUUCUAAAAGUUGUGAUGCUUGUUACCCACAUUGUCAACAGUGUAUUGGACCAAGCAUUCAGGAUUGUAUAUAUUGUGAAACAAAAUAUUUAUGGCUUGAAGGUCAGUGUGUAAGAUCAUGCCCUGAUGGAUUCUUUGCUAAGAAUGGUGGUUGCACUCCAUGCAUUGAAAUGUGUUCUAAAUGCAAAAAUGAGAAAAAUAACUGCAUAGCUUGCAAGCAUGAUCUUUUGUUAUACCAUGGAUCUUGUGUUGCCUCUUGUCCUUCUGGGUAUUUUAAUAACGGCAGAGGCAGGUGUGAAGCGUGCGAUUCUACAUGUCUGCUUUGUACUGGUGGAUCAAAUUUGAAUUGUACUACUUGUCCAAUGGGCCUGUAUCUUGUUCAUAAUAGUUGUCAAAUUAAAUGUCCAGAUGGCUACUUUUCUGUGGUGAAUGAAGAUUACAGUGAAUGUUUGCCUUGUCAUUAUACAUGCAAAACUUGUACAGAUUAUGGACCAACUUAUUGUGUUAGUUGUUAUGACAAUGCAUCAUACUCAAACGGAAUAUGUUUGCCCUGCUCUGAUGGAGAGUUCUAUAAUAGAAUUACCAAAGAAUGUGAAAAAUGUGAUGAUAAGUGCUCCCAGUGUUUUGGUCCCUUUGAAAACACAUGUUUGUCAUGCCCGAUGCCACUUCGACUUGAUGAAGUAAAGCACACCUGUUUACCCUGCUGUGAUGCAUCAUUGGUAGGCUCCGAAUGUUGUACUUGCAGUCAAGACUUAGGUAUAUGUAUAACUUCUGAUCAUCCACGGAGCAUUGAUGUAAAUUUUAUAGAAUAUGAUUCGGAAGAAGUUGUAAUUCCUCUUAAACAUAUUGUGCCGAUUGUGAUAACUAUUUGUAUAUCUGUAGUUUUGUUAUUUGUUUUACUGUUUGGAAUUCUUCAAGCUUAUUCAGUAGGGUGCUUUCGUUUUAACAUUAAAGGACAGCAUUAUGAGUUAGUACCUAAUCACAAUACUGCAAAGUUUGAAGCAGAAAUGGAAAAAAUUUCUCUUACUCAAGAUGACUUGGAAGAUGAGGAUGAAAUUUAUGAGAAAGUUUAGCAACUAUAAAUAUAAUUUGUGCCUGAUGAUCAAAUAGUGUUGUCUUUCAUCACAGUAUCAUAAACUUGACUUUGGAACUAAGAUGAAAUCAGAGCUUCAAGUGUAUAAUUUUUUUUAUUAGUUACAUGUUGAAUGUAUCUUAUUUUUGUUAUUCUGUUCAGUUAAAGUAUGCAUGAACUACUUACUCACUAUUGCUGUUCAUGAAAUUUAUUGUCCUGUAUUUUGCUUGUCUUAUAAUACAUUCCCUUCUUAAAAUUUCAAUAUGCCAGUGUCAUAAAAGUAAUUGUUAUUCACCAUAUAAUUCAGUAAUAAAUUAAACAGAAUAUUUAAUCUGAGUAAAUAAUCAUAUCAGAAACAUUUAGUUUUAAAAGUUAUGAAAUGAAACAUUUUUUAUUGCAAAUGCAUUGCAAAGUUUGAACUGAGAUUCUGCAAUUUUAAUACUGUAAUUAUAUUUAGUUUGUUUCUGAGUUGUUGAGUCCAUAUUUCAUGGAAGAAUGUUUACCAGAGCCUCAAGGAGGUUGGAUUUCUACUUCCACCCCAGUGUUGAGAGAGAGCACCCUGGGGGAUGGUUUGAGGAUCUCCCACUCCUCUCACCUACAACUAUGCCGCAAAGACACUAUACAUUUACACACUUCUCUGCCUUCUGCGGGAUUUGAACCUGAGCCCUACGGUACAGAAGUCACUAACACUACCCUGUCUGGGCAAAAAUUAUAUUUAGUGAGAUAUAUUUUUAAAAAUUAUUUCUGAUGGUACCUGCGCAUAAUACAUCUUAUUAUUUCAUGAUAUUUAUUAUACUUACAUAAUGUGCUUCAGAAGUAAUAGAAAGAAUAUUUUAUCACUUAUGUAAAGAAUUCUAUAUUUGUUAUGUUUUGUUUAAAAGUGAAAUAUUUUUACAAAUGUCUGUAUUGUCUGGCAGUAUUUAUUCAAAAUUGAAAUAAAUGUAUUACAUCAAAGUGUUUCAAAACUUCAAGCUUAUGAAAAUCGACUAUCCAGUUUAUGAUAGUUCUGUCUUUUACCAACAUGAGAAAGUAUUCAAGUGAUCACAGUUUGAAAAACUUCAGUAAAAAUUAUUUCUAUUGUAGUGUUCAAACAGAUUUCACUCUUUUCUUUAUGUGUUUUAAAUCCUAAAACGUGAUAUAAUACAUAUCAUACUUCAAGAUUAAAAACUCAAAUACAUAACAAGUGAAAUCUGCUUUGCACUGAAAAUCUUUUUAAUUAUUAUACUUUUGAUACAAGUUAAAAAUUGUGAUUUCUUCAUAAUUAUUACUCUCUUACUCACUGCUAGUUUGUAAGUUCAUACAUAAAAGAGCACAAAAGUGAGAACGAAGAUAUGUAUUUUCACUCAAUAUUGUUUUAUGGAAAA